GUGCACGGCUCCGACGCUGGGACUGCCCAAUUACAGCCUCCCAUUUCACCUGUAUGUGGCAACUCAACCAGGAACAGCGUCCGGCGUUCUGGCUCAGGAGUAUGGGGGGGCAUGCGACCUUGUGCAUUUCUUUCCAAAUCUCUAGACUCUGUGGCUCAGUGAUUGCCUGCCUGUCUUCGUGCCGUUGCCUCCUGUGCGCUGAUGGUAACUGAUGCUGAGAAGAUCGUUUUGUCCCAUCCCCUGAUUCUGCACACCUCACAUCAGGCUGCUGAGCUAUACGCCCUUACACGCGCCUGUGUCCUGUCUGCUGACCCUGAUGUCACUAUCUACACAGACUCAUGCUAUGCUUUUGGGGUUGCUCAUGAUUUCGGUAGGAUUUGGCAAUCUCGUGGCUUCACUGCCGCCGAUGGUAAGCCCAUUUCCCAUGCAUCACUGGUACAGGAUCUAAUAACUGCCUGUCACCUGCCACGUUCCUUGGCUAUUGUUAAAACCAGGGCUCACUGUUCUGGUGACACGGACGAGGUCAGAGGUAACAGCCUCGCCGAUCGCAUGGCCAAACAAGCUGCAGCCUCACGCCCGCUGCCGCCAGACUUAUCUCCAGCAAUGGUGUCUGUUAAUACCAUGAUCAGUGCUGUUUUACCUGACAUGGAUUUACCUUCCUACAGGCCUCAGCUACUGACGCUGAUCGCGCCUUCUGGGCAAAUCAGGGUUGUACCGGUUCCACAAUUUUGGUCGAUGGUCGGGGUCGUCUUUGCCUUCCACGUCAUUGUACGCCUUUUCUCGUCCGCGAAUUUCAUGGUCCCACUCAUCGCGGACGAAGAGGGUAUUACAUGA